CAAGUUCUAUUUUAGAAUUCUUUUAAACGAAAAGUGUAAACAUAUUUAACAACAUUAAAAGUGUAUCAGUGGAAUAAACGCUUAUAGGACAUUUAAUAAUAUACAAUACAUUAAAGAUUUUAAGUUAUCAAAAGAACAUUUAAAACUCCAUUUCAAAAUGCGAUUCACAAGCAACAUGGCUCAAAUCAUCGAUGGCAAGGCUAUAGCCCAGGAGGUGCGCACCCAGCUAGCACAAGAGCUGAAGGGAAUGGAGGCUGCUGGGUAUCCAAAGCCCCAUCUCACGGCCGUCAUUGUGGGCGAGGAUCCGGCCAGCGAGAAGUACGUGGCUAACAAGAUGGUCGCUUGCCGAGAAGUUGGCAUCUCCAGUGAGACGAAGAGGUUGCCCGCUUCCACCACGCAGGAGGAGCUGCUGCAACAGAUUGACGAUCUGAACAAGAAUCCGCUGGUCACGGGGAUACUGGUGCAGCUGCCGCUUCCCGAGCACAUCAACGAGCGCACCAUCUGCAAUGCCGUCCAUGUGGACAAGGAUGUGGAUGGCUUCAAUGAGGUCAACAUCGGACGUACGGCCCUGGACAUGGAUGCCAAUAUUCCGGCCACGCCGCUGGGAGUCAAGCGACUGUUGGAGCACAUGAAAAUCGAGACCUUUGGACGUAAUGCCGUGGUGGUGGGGCGAUCCAAAAAUGUCGGCCUCCCGAUGGCCAUCGUGCUGCACGCGGAUGGCAAGUAUGCCACCAAGGCAAUGGAUGCCACGGUGACCAUCUGCCACAGGUACACACCGCCCAAGGAACUGGCCCGCCAUUGCCGGCAGGCGGAUAUCAUUGUGGUCGCUGUGGGCAAGCCGGGUCUGAUCACCAAGGAUAUGGUGAAGCCCGGAGCCUGUGUCAUCGACGUGGGCAUCAACCGUAUCAAGGACGAGAGCACCGGCAAGUUUAAGCUGGUCGGAGACGUGGACUUUGAAGAAGUUCGCCAGGUCGCCGGCCACAUCACACCGGUUCCCGGCGGAGUUGGCCCCAUGACGGUGGCCAUGCUGAUGCACAACACCCUGAAGGCGGCAAGGAGGCAGUUCGACGACCGCAAGUCCUCCUGAAGAUACGGCGGGAAGUGCCACAGAGUACUCUGUGCUAUAGUAUUUUUAUUUAAUCGCUAACCUAUAUAAGAGAGUAAAGUUACUGACCACCAGCUAACAUGACGAUUGUACACUACAUAUGAACCUAUUUCGCAAUAUAAACAGAGAUAAUGAAAUCUAACUACUAUGGCGUUGAAUCGUUUGAUUUGCGACUUCAACGGCGGGCGGUAUGAACACGCUCUUAUCGUGUUGAAUAUGAAUAUGAACUUUGCAAAAGGUUAAGUUAAGUAAAUCAAGGAUUGACAGCCAAAUAAAUGCCAAUUAUGUUACCUUCUGGUUGCAUAACCGAAA